CACGCCGAUUUAGUAAGGAACGCGUCGCAGGGCGACAGUUGGGCCAUGCUCCAGGUGGGCAAGACCUUCUGUUCGGCGCCGCCGCCGCCGAACGCGACGUGGUGCGAGCGGAUUGUGAGGGUGGCCGCUGAAAUGUACAGUAAGGAGUUCCCGCGACCUGAAGUGCUAGGCGUCGACGACCCUAGUCAAGGAGAUCGAAGGCCCGGCGCCGCGGCUUUUUAUCUGGGCACGCAGCACGACCUGUUCACGCCCUGGUGGCUGAACGACGACCUCGUGACCUUCGCCGACAGAGAUAACUGUAGAUGUCUGCCGGCGAGCGAGACGCGCGCGCGGCAGUGGUACGCGCAGGCGGCCUUCCGGGGCCACUCGGCGGCGGCGUUCAACCUGUUUUUCAUUCAUGCUAAUCGAGGAAAUGACGACAAAAAAGAUCGGGCGCUGGCGAAGCACUGGCUAGACGAGGCGGUAAAGUUGGGCGAGCCCGCUGCCGUCAACGUGCGCGCGCGGAAGGCGGGCCUGGCCGUCUCCGCGUUUCUUGCCGAGAAUCGGAAACUCUGGGGCGACGACGCGGCGCUCGUUGAAAGGAGGACGCGCGUCUUGUUGGAAGAGAAUGGCAUAGACGCGGACGAGGUGCCGCCUUCUCCAGGCGAUGUGUGGCCGCCGGCC